AUGGGCUCCAUCGGAUCGGCCCUUCCCACCCAAGCUUCCAACGCCCUCUUCCCGGCGACGCCACCGAAACGGCUGCUCCUGUUGAGCGUGCCCCGCACCGCAUCCAACUUGUUUGUCAAGGUCUUGAAUCCAGGUGCACAGCCUGCUUUGAAAACCAAUGCUUUCAGCGGCUACUUCUUCUACCCGGUGCUCAGCACGGCGGCGUUGGAGGGCCUGACAUCCAAGGAAGCGAAGGACUGGACUCCCCAGGAGAGACAGAGGUAUCUUAGUCUGUGCCAGGAAAGCUUCGACAAUCUCGAAGGUCUCUCCCAAGAGGCCACGAAAGAAAACAAAAGCAUCUUCACAAAGGAACAUCUGACCUGGCUGAUUGACCCGGCAAUGCUCUACACGUCGCAAACGGCCCCAGUGAGGUUGGAAACCCCAAUGCGCAUCAACGUCGCCGAAGAGUAUAGUUCAUCACGAACAUAUACCCAGCCCUCCAUUUUUCCUGACGAGUAUCUCCGGACUUGGCAGUUCGCUUUCACUAUUCGUCAUCCUGCUUUGGCAUGGCCUUCUUUAUACCGGGCAAUCAAGAGAGCAGGAGAAGAAGGGGGCUUCGUAGACGAGGAUGGAGCACGAGGUGCAUCCCUCGGCAACAUGACUUUUGCCUGGACUCGCACAAUGUACGACUGGUGCGUCGCGCAGCCUGACACCGGGCUCGACAAGACGUGCCUGCAAUUCGAAUGGAGCAAGGACGGCAAGAAAAAGUCGGACCACUGGGGUGAUCUUGAUAAGAAUCGUCCAGAUCGAACGGAUGCCCACCGACAAGCUGCCAAUAUCUUGCUCGGGACGUUGGAGGCCUCCACUGGUUUGAUGAAGGACAGAACGCCGGCACAUGUUGAUAUUGAGGCCGAGCACGCUAAGUGGGAGGUCGAGUUUGGCAAAGAGAUGGCCGGGCUCAUCGAAAACGCCGUCCGAAACUCUAUGGGAGACUAUGAAUAUCUUAGAGCUCACCGUAUGCAGGCUUAA